AGAAUAAUUUCAACUGCAGAGAAAAAAACGUGCAACAUGGACCUUAUGUUUCUGUUAAUUCUUGCUGCUGUGAUAACAGGCACUGAUGUGUGUAAUAUUCAAAUCUGCUUGACGUGGACUGUGCAAAAUAAUUAUCUUGAUAUAAGAUGCAGAGUCAACAAUCUAAGGUUUGGGGUUGUAGUUGUUAACAACCGACAGCAAGAGCAAGGAUUUUGUAUUCACCCUAGACCAACACCAAAAUGUGUUGCCUCCAACAAUAACACAGAAAUUAUGCAAAAUUCUUUGACAAAUAUAACAUACUUACGAAUUCAAGGAGAAAUGGACAGGCAUUUCAAUGGACGUUGGGAGUGUAAACAUGGAACAAACAGGGAUAGUGCAACUAUCAACGUUACUAUUCUGAAUUCAUAUUCGAAAAACAUCCAAGAUCCACGGUGUUGGCAGUCGUAUUUCGCAUAUACAAUGAUUGGUUUUUCCUGUCCUGUAUAUUUUUGGCUUUGCAUAUUUGUAACCUGUCGUGGAAAACGCGUAGAAAGUACAUGUAAGACACUGUGGAAAAACACUAGAUUGAAACUCCAAAAAUACAAAACAGAUGAAGAAUCAUAUAUCAUUGUUGGCGUAGCCAUUGCCUUGUUAUUCCCAAUACCGAUAAAAUUUGUCGUUAGGACAGAAAAAGAUGUAAAUGGAAAAAUAUCGAUCCAAGACAGUCCUAAAACAAAACGAAGUAGUGAUACUGGAUUCGAUCCCCUUGAUCCAUUGGUCAUAAUAUUUCCGGAGAAUGACCAAGAAAUAACUGAAUUUGAUGUAUAA